AUGGCAGGUGGGCGAGCGGCCUCAGCAGUGCUCCCCCGGUCGCCGCUGGCUAUCCAUAACUGGGAAAAUGGGGAUGGGAACCGCCACUGUUUAUGGCGACGCCCGGUGGGCAGAAGCCGCCAGCUUUGCAGCCUUGCUGCAGCGCAGCAGAGCAGCCAGCGGCCUCCUCGGUCCAGCGGCCCCUUACUGCUCGCACCUGUGAGCUUCCGCUGUGAACGCACAGGCACAGCGGGAGGACCAGACCAGGGGCUAGAGCCUAGCGAGAGGCGAGAGGGAAGAGGAGCCGGUGAAGAGGGGCGGAACCGGAGGGUGCGGGAAUCUGGGGGCAAAGAGAGAGGCAGAGGGAGAUGGAGGGAGGGAGCUCGGCUAGCUAGGUGA